GCACCUCCAUUCCCCGCUGCUCGUCCCGGAGGCGCGGCAGUUGUGAAUGACUUCAGCCGAAUGGAAAACUGAAUGUUACGUAUAGGACGAAAGAAGAACUCACGGAAUAGAAAACGUUUCCCCACAGCCGAGAAGAAAGGAAACGAAUUGAGAACAAUGGGAAUAAUCAACUUAUAUUUUGAAAGGACGUAAAUAAAGUGUCGUGUAAAACGUCAUAAUUUGAGGGAGUGUAUCGGAGUGUGUGCGCUGUAUGGUGAGCCCGACAACAUGGCGCUGAAAGGCAAAACCAGACUGAAUUAGUUUUUGAGACCAUCGACACCUGUGCUUGACCAAGUUACGAGUUUUCAGUCGUAGCCUUCUCGUGGACAUAUUCUUAAAAAAGAAAUCAACGACAGAGACUGAUAUGGAUGUUUGGGAAUAUUAUAGCUAGCUUAGUCUAGACUACACAAAGGCAAUCCCGUGGUUCUACCCAUUGGAUACAGCCUUUACGACUUCAACAUGGCUUUGAGUCCUAAGUUCAACGAGGACUAAAUAUUUACCGCGGUUUGGUGAGGAAACGGCGGACGUACUUUCCCUUGCUCACAAACGCCCAAGGUAUUUCUCUGACAAAGUUGGAACAGGACUCUUCACAUUCUAGGGAAGGUUAUACGAAUUUGGGAAUCUUUGGCGGAUUGCUCUAUGGUAUGGCAGUGUAAGGAAUGGUGAGAGACACUUUGAACUAACCGUCUGGGAACCAGAAGCACUCAAAGCAUGGUGGAUGCGAGCACUGCCUGCAGAAUGAACCCGCUAGCUGCCUUAGGCAUGGACCGCGCUAGCCUGAUGAGGGAGAGCAUUCGCGUCCAAGGUGGAAUGGUUUACCCCGGAAUCCGCACCCUCUCCACCGAGAAAGCCAGGGAAGGUGCAUCCAUGCCUCUCGGCUAUGACCUUCUCUACAAACCUGAUGUGUCCUUAGAUGGUAGAAAGACUGGUAAUGGCUACAUGGGACUGUAUAAAAACCCUCCUCCUGGACUGCAGAAGCCCAUGGUUGUCCCUGGCCCUGGAGGAGAGAGCCUGGGGCUGGACCCGAGAGUCGGUCAGGUGGAAAAGCCCAUUGAGCUGGGUCUGGCUGGGUCCAAUGGCUUUCUGAGGCUGCCCUGGGUGAGCCCGUACCCCGACGCCGGAAUGUACCCUUUCCUGGACUCGAGCAAAUAUGCCGCUCUGAACAUGUACAAGGCAUCCUUCCUGUCCCAGCCCUCACAUUAUCUCCCCCAGCACCUGGCCUACCAGUCUCUCUGCUCAGGGGCAGGAGGCAGUGCUGCAGGGGCAGAAAGGCUCCUCUACCUGCCCUCCUACCCUCCUACCCCACACUCGCCACUGGUGCACCACCAGGACAAGAGCAUGCAAGGCCUGGGGUCCAGGAUCCACCACGAGUCCUCUGCCUUCGGGCAGCAGCUGCAACAAGUCCAAGCCCAACAACAUCACCAAGCCCAAGUUCAGGCCCAAGUUCAGGCCCAAGUUCAGGCCCAAGUUCAGGCCCAAGUUCAAGCCCAAGUUCAGCAGCAGCAACAACAACAACAUGCCCAGGCCCAAGCCCAGGCCCAGGCCCAAGCUCAAGCUCAGGCCCACAGCGAAAGGCAACACAGUAGCAGUAGUAGUAACAAUAGUAAACUUAACAGAACAUCCUCUAGUAAGGGCUCUGGCAGCAGCUACAGUCACAGUAGUAACAGUAGCAGUAUUGUCAGCAGUAGUAAUGGUGGUAGUAAUACUAGUACUAGUAGUAGUGGAGCUAACAGCAGUAGCCACCCAGUAGACUCCAGCCCAGCACUUAUGACCCAGUCAUCACGCAGCAUCCCCAGGCCCCUCCAGACCUCCGGGUCCGCGCCCCCCCCUCCUCUCAUAGACAGCACUUUGGACUUUCAGAAGUCUCUGUUCAGAAGUCCGUCCUCCUCCUCAGCUCCCCAUCCGUGUUACGCCGGCGGCAUGGCCAGCGAGCACCGCUCCCCGGCUCGCUCUGGGGGACACGCCCACAAAGCCAAAGAGGGCAGUUUGGACCACAAGAACGGAGAGAGGAAGCCGAGCAAGUCCCCGUUAAAGACCUCGUCCGAGAGGCCGACCUCCCAACAGGCUCCUGCCAAAGACCCAGCAGACAAGCCUCUGGAUCUGUCUGCGGCCAAAAUCCUGGAACUGGAAGCAGGGCACCCCAACGGGUACACCUCCAAACUCGAGGCCUUGGCUAAGCUGGGUUAUCUACCUGCAGCCCGAUACGGCUUAGCUCCCAACCGAGAGCUUGUCAAAGAGACCCUCUCCCCGUCCUUGGCUAUGGCAGGGGCGUCCUCCAAAACAUCAGAGCGCCCCGAGAUAAUCAGCACGGCUCACUCCUCCUGGGUGGUCCCCAGUCCAGCCUCUGGCCCUAACGCCGACCCAAACCACAACAAAUCUUCGUCCACGAUAAAGAACAAGAACCUGGAGAGUGUUUCGCAGCAGCAGCAGAGAAGCUCCUCUUGUCCCAGGAUAGGGGAGGGAAACGGGGCCGUAGCCCCCGGCCAAGCUGUCGCCGUGGUAGCGCCUGGGGGUCGACCUUCCUCUGUGUCUCCCUCUCCCAAACCCAAUGGGGAGUGGCCUCGCGUGUCCCCCAGCCAACCAGACAAAGCCGCCCUUUCCACCUCGCUUGGCAGCCACUCUGGGAAACACCCCAAGACUCCCGUCAAACCUGAGCCACAAGAGAUGGCCUUCAAGCCCCAGCAGCCGCACCAGCCUCACCUGGAGAACAGCCGUCCCUCGAGCCACAUGUACAGCGAAUCCUACCUGCCACCCAGUAUAGCAUACGCUAACCGCUUAGCCUACGCUAACCUCCCCUACUCAGUCCCAGAGAGCAUGUCGCUGCCACACAUGACGAUGCAAGGCAAAGGACCUGUAUAUCCCCACCCAGUUCUACUGGGCAACAGCAGCCUCUACCCCCCUCGUCUGACCCCCAAACAUGGCCUGCCGUACGGGAUCCCCCCCAACCACGGAGACUACCUGACCUAUCACGACUCCAAGGAGAUGGUCCACCCGCUCAUGUCUUCUCACCUGGGCAUGGACGCGAAGGAGCGACUGGACCUGAGAUCCAGGCCCCAGGAGAAGCCUUGGAGCCACGACGGUUCACCUUACAGAAACCAAAUGGCCUCAGAUACCGAAUCCCCACGCAAGAAUGAGAAAGAGAUUAAUUUGGCCACAGGCCAAGAUUCAAAGCUGCCUAGCAAGCCUUUCACUGGGGGGAAGGAAGAAAUAGUCUGCAUUGACCUGCUCCAAUCUGAUAUGGACAGCGACUCGUCCAUGAGCAAGCACAGCUCGCCCAGUGUGAGGAGAAGGGAUCCUGGGAAGCUGGUUGGAUGUGAGAGCAGCUAUUCCGCCAGUGACAGGAGAGAGCCAGAGCCGCUUCGGAUGAGCCAGGUGGCCGAGCCCAGACUGGGGGAUCCAGAAAAGCAGCUUGAGCAGCGCUGCCUGCCCAGGCCUCUAGACCCCCACAAGGGCUUCCACCCACACCCCUCCCGCCCAGAGGCCCCCAUGUCCCCUUAUCAUUGUGAGGACAGCCCAAGCCCCGCGGAGGGCAGCCCCCUGCCAGACCUGCCGGAGGAACAAACCCUGCGCUGUGCUCGCACCUCAGGGGAACGCCCCACUAAAGACCGUGGGCCCUGGAACCGUUCUUCCGGAGAACGCGCCUACGGGGAUCCGACCGACGAGAGCAGAGUCGCGAGGGUCCAACCGUGCGAGAACCGCGGUCUUGAGGAUCGCGCAUCCGGGAACCGGAAUGUCGGAGGCCGCGCCUUCGAAAACCGCGUUCUCGGGGACCGUUCUUGUGAGAACAAUGAGGAUCGUACGUUUGGAGUUAAUUCGUCCGGGGAUGGUAAUUCCGGGGACCAACCGUUUAGGGACUUGGAGAAUCGUUCUCACAGGGACUAUUCUUUUGAGCACCGUCCGUCUGAUUACAACAGAAAUGGGGACUGCACUGGUCAGAACCAAACCGUAGCCAAGCCAGGUUUAAAGACAGAGUUGAUCGGCGAGGAUCAGUUGAACCACUACGAGGACCUGAAGUACUCACAGUGCCAGGAUGACACGGACUCCCUGGCAGAUGAUGACGAGGGCCACGGUUCCUCAAAGAGCCGGCGGUCGAGCCUGGCCAAACGCAUUGCCAAUUCCUCGGGAUAUGUGGGCGACCGCUUCAAGUGUGUCACGACGGAGCUGUAUGCCGACUCCAGCAAACUGAGCCGGGAGCAAAGGGCACUUCAGAUGGAAGGAUUAAGACGAGAGGACAGUAAUUUAAGUCAACCUGCCGCUUACUGUGAGCGUGCAAUGCAGCGCUUCUCUGAACUGGAGCUGAAGGAGAAAGAAGGAGGAGGAGGAGGAGGGGCUCCGCCGGUGGAUCUGGACUUGGCAGACAGCCAGCGGAGGGAGGGGGAGAGGGAGGGGGAGGGGGAGGAAGGCUGGGAGCGCAGACAGAGCAGAGCCAGGCAAGAGGUUGCGGCUGCCAACAAGACCCACAGAGACGGUGGUCUGUUGCCAACAUGCCCCCACAACAGAGUACCCGUUCUCCAGCGAUGCCCACACUCCGGCUCGCUCCUGCUCCAGGAGAGAGGGAACGCUCUCCCCGUGGAGGAGGGAAAGAGGGGGAUGGAGAACGAGGACAGGACCAGAAGAAUGGAGAGAAGACGAGGAGGUGUGGGCGAGGGGAAAAGAGGAGGAGGACGUGUCGGCGAGGAUGAGAGGAGCGGAGAAGGCGAGGAGGAGAAGCGAUGGAGGAUGCUGGGAAACAGAAGGAGCAGGGGGGGUGGCGAGAGAGGAGAGGAGGAGGAGAGGGACUACGUCUCCCAGUGGGAACAGCACUCUCGUCUGCCCACUCUGGAAGCUGUGGGCCACAGGGCCGCCAGCCCCGGAUCUAUGCCAGCCUCCAUGCCCACCCAGGUGCCCACCAAGAAACGCACAUACGCCCUGGAACUCUGCCAGCAUUCUAGCCGGGGCCAGGCAAAGGAGGGCGGGGAUAAAGAGGGAGACGAAUAUGACAGUGCCAGCCAAACGAGUCAAGCUAGCAACUGGUAA